UUACUGGAGCCGGAGCUGCCUAUUAAGCUCGAUCAAGAUGACAACCUCCCAAAAGCAUCGAGACUUCGUGGCAGAGCCUAUGGGGGAAAAGCCAGUGGGGAGCCUGGCUGGGAUUGGUGAAGUCCUGGGCAAGAAGCUUGAGGAAAGGGGCUUUGACAAGGCAUAUGUCGUCCUCGGUCAGUUUCUGGUGCUAAAGAAAGAUGAAGACCUCUUCCGAGAAUGGCUGAAGGACACAUGUGGUGCCAAUGCCAAGCAGUCCCGGGACUGCUUUGGGUGUCUUCGAGAAUGGUGUGACGCCUUCUUGUGAUGUUCUCUGGGGAGCCCUCAAUCCCUAGCCCCAUUAUCAAGUCUCCAGAGUUUGCAGCUGAGUGGGGGCUCCUUGUC